ACAACCUUAAAUAGUCCAAAUCUCUUCCUUCUAUCUUCAUUUCCAAACCCAAUUUCACCACACAUCAAAAACAAUGGCAGUAUCAGAAAGUGUGAUGAAAAAAGUGCUUCUUUCAUACACAUACGUAUCAAUAUGGAUUUUCCUAAGCUUCUCAGUGAUCAUCUACAACAAAUACAUCCUGGAUCAAAAAAUGUACAACUGGCCAUUCCCAAUAUCACUAACAAUGAUUCACAUGGCUUUUUGUUCUUCCCUUGCUUACAUCCUCGUCAAAAUCUUCAAACUUGUCGAACCAAUUUCAAUGUCUUUCGACAUUUACCUUAAGUCAGUUGUCCCUAUUGGUGCCCUGUAUUCCCUCUCCCUUUGGUUCUCAAACUCCGCUUACAUUUACCUCUCUGUUUCGUUCAUUCAAAUGCUUAAAGCACUUAUGCCCGUCGCGGUUUACUCCAUUGGCGUUUCGUUUAAAAAAGAGUCCUUCAAGAAAGACACCAUGAUCAACAUGGUGUCUAUUUCGCUUGGCGUCGCCGUAGCUGCCUACGGCGAAGCCAAGUUUGAUGUCUUUGGCGUUACGCUACAGCUCAUGGCUGUAGCGUUUGAAGCUACGCGAUUGGUUUUGAUUCAGAUUCUUUUGAACUCGAAAGGGAUAAAGUUGAAUCCUAUUACAUCACUUUACUACAUUGCUCCUUGUUGUUUGGUCUUUUUGUCACUUCCUUGGUUUAUCAUGGAGUAUCCUUUAUUGAGGGAUAAGUCAAGUUUGGAGUUAGAUUUAUGGGUUUUUGGUAGUAAUUCUUUGUGUGCUUUUGCUUUGAAUCUUGCUGUGUUUUUGCUUGUUGGGAAAACUUCAGCUUUGACUAUGAAUGUUGCUGGUGUGGUGAAGGAUUGGUUGCUUAUUGCUUUUUCUUGGUCUGUGAUUAAGGAUACUGUUACACCCCUUAAUUUGAUUGGUUAUGGACUUGCUUUUUUGGGUGUUGCUUAUUAUAAUCACUGUAAGUUGAUGGCUCUUAAGGCUUCUGAGGCUCAGAAAAGGGUUCAGCAGGAAGAUGAUACUGAAGCUGGGAAAUUGUUGGAAGAGAAAGAUGGGAAAGAAGAUGAAGAAGAUUCAAAGAAGAAUGAGAAUUGAUAUGAUUUUUGGAUAUAGAAAUACUAUUCUUAUUUACAUUAUUAUGUAUUUUCUUUAUGUGGUGAUAUGGCAGUUUUUAAUUUUAUUGAGUUUAUGAUAAGAGAAUGACUUAGGCUUAAUGGAUAUUUACCAAACACAUAUGUUCAAACAAUGUUAUGUUAUGGAUGAUGAGUUGAUGGUUGUUAACUUCA